UGUUGCUCUGAAUCUAUACCGGGGGCCGUCCGUCGGUGUGACCGGCUUUCCAGAGUCAGACACAAUGAGCCGUCAGACGAUGUGAGCCACGCACGUUGGUCUGGAGGCUUUAUUAACGCGGUUUUAGCAUUUUUCAGUGUUUCGCUUUAUGUCUGGUAUCGUUCGUUAUUUUACAACCACGGGACUCGGCGCGCUCUAUGGCGGUAAACGAAUAGCAACAGAACGUUUAGUUCGUCGAGUUUGGUGAAAUAAAAAAAACGAGGUCGAAAUCCGAUUUAGCCCCUCCUCACGACUCCAACAAGGCGGAUUUUCUUUUUUUUCUCUUUCUUUUCCUUUUUUUCCCGCAAGAUAAAAGCGAGUAGUUUACAAUCGGCCGUGAUGUCGAUGGCUGCCUAUUCCGACUAUUUUGCCGCUGAAUGUCUGGUGUCGAUAUCGAGCGGUCCGGUGCUGCACCGACCCACCCCGGUGGCCCCCACCAGCCAGCCUCCUCCGUUGGGCCUGGCUCCCGGAGAGCCCGACGGGUCGAGUGAGGACAGGGAGGUCCGGGAGACGCUCAGACUGGAGGGGACCAACAUGAUGACGGUGGCUGGCAUCCUCACGGACCUCCACGGAAAGUUCCGGCCCAUGUCGGCCUACUCGGAAAGCAGCAACUCGUCGUGCGGGGAGAGCGGUUACACCACGUUGUCUGACUCCACCACCACCCCUACCAUGACCCCCUCGGCCACCCCGGUGCCUGGACAACAACAGCAGUGGGGAGUGGGAGGUGCGCCGCGAUCCCCGGUGAAACGGCACCAAUGCACUUUCGACGGAUGCGACAGAGUUUAUGGGAAAUCGUCCCAUUUGAAGGCGCACAUCCGAACCCACACAGGUGAGAGGCCAUUUCCAUGCACCUGGCCCGACUGUGAGAAGAAGUUUGCUCGAUCUGAUGAGCUUGCACGUCACACCCGCACCCACACAGGGGAAAAACGCUUCCUCUGUCCUCUGUGUGACAAGCGCUUCAUGCGCAGUGAUCACCUGAUCAAGCACGCCCGCCGUCAUCCCGACUUCCAACCCUCCAUGUUGGGGCGCAACAAGGGUGCAAACCCCACCUCUGCUCCAAAGCAGGGCAACACCUCCAGCCCAACUGUAGGACAAUAGAGUGCCAGGGCCUUCCCGGGGUCAUCGGCAGCACAAAUGGUCCUAAGGAGUGGUUUAAAGUAACCAGCUACAAUCAGAUCUUCUGGCCAGGACUCGGCAUCACUGUUUUUGUAUUCACAUCUGUGCACCUAAAAACAUACUCAAGCAGAUAUACAUGGACCUGGAUAAAAUGUAAUGUUGGAGUAGCUUCAUCUCCAUCCACACAGAUGAAUUAAGUGACCACUACCUGCUAACUCAGUACAACCGGAUUUUCUCAGAACUACAAAACACACACAUUGCAGGGAUUCUUACUUUUUUUGUGUAAGUCUGCACAUGCAUCAGCCAAAUCUUUUCUCAUUGUGUUUUUAUAGGUCAAUUUUUGUGCUCCUACAGUGCCCUGUAGGCCUUUUUAUUAGUACAUUUUUUUGGAUGUUAGAUAGUGCAGCGGAGAAUGACUAGAAGCUUUUUUGCUUUAUUUUUAAGCUUUGCCGAUUCCAUAUUCUAAUCAUUUAGUCGACACAUUCCAUGUUUUGUGUUGAGGUUUUUGUUUUUUGUUUUGCGGUUUCCUUAACUUCAAAUUAGUAAUCAUUGAGGCCAGGUCUUCCAUUUUUUUACUAUAUAUCAAGUGUCACUGAUUUAAAUGCAGAUCACACUUUAAUGUUAUUAAAGAGUCGGUCAAACUUCAAUUUAGAAAAGAAGUUUGCACGUCAAGCUCAUGGUAGUAUUAUUUCUAAUACUGAUGCAAAUGUAUAUAAGCUUUAAGCUUUUAAUGUAGAUGAUUCUUAACGCUACUAGCAGAAGUAAUACGUGAUGAAUUGUAGUCCUUAUAUUAAGAGUGACAGUAUACGCUUGAUAGGAUGGCACUGCUUGUGAGUUUUUGUGUGUAUGUGUCUUACCCUUUCUUUAGGAACAGAACUUGGCAAAAGUGUAUGUGAUGGUCUCCGAUAUUUGCAGGAAAAUAGGUCACGUGGGGUGAGCCAUCCAUGUGCCUGCCGUGCACAUGGAUGGCUUAAAAAACUGCUUGCUGUCAACUUGCAUCACAGAUGUAGAGCCGCGAGUUUCAGAAUCGGGUGAACAUAUGUCCAAUUGUUUCUUUACACCAUUUUUUUUUUGGUACCAAAUAAAUUAGAACCCUACGUGUGAUUUUUUUUUUUAAAUUAUUUUUGACAAUGGAUGAGCAGCAAGGUAUAUCAGCCCACUGCAGUCUGCUUCUUCCUAGGUGUGGUGUCUUUUGGUAGUGCUGAGUAUUGGAAAAAAUGAAACCAAUCAGGGCAGUGCUCUUAUUUUUUUUUUCUGUGUCUCAAUUGUAGGCAUAUCAAGAGUAUUUGUAAUGCCCGCUAUUAGAUAAUUGCCAUUAUGGCAUUUCUUAUUUACAGGUGUAGGAACAUUUCUAUUGAGAAAGUAAAAUGAAUUCUGUCUAGUUUUAUCUAGAAAAGCAAGUGCUCAAUGCUAUGAACAAAAACACCUUGGAAAUUUGAUUUGAUUCUAUGUGUGAGCUGAAACUAUGCUAACACUGGUGUCAAAUUUAAGUGUCAAAACUUCCACUGGUUUCUUGCAACCAUAAACUCAAGAGGUGUGUGUAUUAAGGAAGUGUCCCUCAGAAAAUGAAAAAAAAAAUCUCAUGCAAGUUUACAUAUAUUCAAGCAAGCCUCAAGUAACUCCGAUUUCAAAAACUUAUGUAAGUCCAUAUAAUGUCCAAGUGUGGUUGUAGAGGGGUUGAUUUUUUUUUAUAUAUAUACUGUUUCCAUUGUUUGUCCAAUAAGUGGACAUAUGGUUCUUUAUCUCAGUGAACAACACUUCAGGAAACUCAGAAAGCCUUAAACUAUGUCAUAACUACUUGUUUACAGUUUGAUCAUUUUACAGGUAUAUGGCCUUUUGUAGGCUAAUUAAAUACUCAUAUGCAAAAUGGCACUUUUUAAUUACAGGUGUUUUAAAAUUAUAUUUGGCUAAAUAGUGAGAUAGCUUGCACUGUUACUAUGCUUCUGAAAGCAAGCACUGUGGGAUUUUGAUAAGGUAUAUCAUUAACCAAUGGUUUGUAAAACUGCCUUUGUCCAAGUGCAUUAGGAAUUGUGUUUGUUCUUUCAUAUGCUUAUUCUAAGUCAUUUAGGCCAUCUUUUAAUUUGUUGCUGUAGUACUUUGUGUCCUACUAUGAGAGGUUUUUUUGUAUUCAAAUGGAACAGCUCUCAUCUCUGUUAAAUUUGUUUCCUCCACGGGAAAAACUGAUUUGAGUGAUUCACCGUCUUCCUCUUUUAUAUUCUAAAACCAACAGACUUCGUCGAUUUUUCACCUGUCAUUUUGCUCCAUCUCUCGAUCACUGUUAACCCGAUGGGGGAGUGUUUGUUGUAAUGACUGCAAUGCUGUGGAAUUUGUACACAUUUUUCUUCAAAUGUUGGAUCUGUUGACAGUUUUUGGUUGCUGCUGGCAGGAACCUUAAACACAUGGACUAUGCGGCUUCAACACAACACAAUACAAGGACAGAAAAACAUAUUUGCUACAUUUUCAAAUGAAAAUAUCUCCUUACAUCUCAUUUUGCAGAUGGAAGUGUUUCCUCACACUGACCCUUUCGGGGUCUCUUAUCAGAGUUAUAGUUUCACAAACAAUAACACUUUACCUCGUUUACUUUUUUGGGAGGUUAUUUUUUUCUUCUCUCUGUUGGCAGUCAGAGUUGCAGCGGUGUCUGUCGAAAAUCCAUCCAGCCCCUCAAUGGGUGAAGACUCUCAAGCCAUGCGAGUCUUUUUCUUCUUCCCCCAAUGAAAUCUACACCUCCAACUUUUUCUGAUAUAUGCUUUUCUUGAGUUCUUGAGUUUGUACUAACUGUUAAUGGCUUUUUAUAUGCCAGUGGGCCUUUUUUUCCCCAUCCCUCCUAUUUAAACAUUAUGUAGCACCACUACUACCUGUGUAGAAACAGUCGGACCACAUUUUUGGUCUGUCCUACAAUGAGCUCCUUUUGUAAGUAGACCGCAGUCAUCAAAGAUGUGGCUAGUGCAAAUUAAUCUAUGGGGUAGAUGCUGUGGUAACAACCCUUUUUAAAUGCUACACCCCAUCAGGGAAUGCUAUACUCGUAACAAAAAUGGACAUCCGUCGGCUCUUGAUUCGCGUCAUACAUCAAUAGAAAAACCCCAGUCCAAAAGAAUGACAAAAUCUGGCUCAAAUGACAUACCGGCGUUAUUUGAAAAUGAUGUAAUUCUUAUGCACUUUAGAAAAACCCUGAGAAAGUAUCAAAUCCUUUCUCUUGUCACUGAUAAUUCAGACCUUUUUUCUUGGUGCCUAAUUUUUACAUUGAUAAUAAUAAUGUAAUUUUUUUUUAAAUUCUUGUCAAAGCUUUAGUUAAAAGUCAAAAGGGGGAACUGUGGAACUGAAUUAAUACUUGCUUCAACAUGCUGUUUUGAUAUUUAUAUUCUCAGGUGUCUUAAAUUUGGAGCAUUGGGAUUUCAAUAUUUCCUGUGUAACACCGAAGUACAAGCAUGUCUCAUUUCUGUUAUUAUGCUGAUUGCUGAUUAAUUUAUUUCAAGUUAUCAUUUGUGUGGUUUGAUUUUUUUUCAUAACUCCAUUAUUUUGUGAUAUGGAACACAACUAAUGUUAAGUAGUUCCAUCGUUUGCUUGAUAUGAAUCUACCAGUGCUUUUUAAUAAAAUAA